AUGGCCGAUGCCGUUGAAGCGCUCCCGGCGCCACCAGUAAGGACCCUGCCGUAUGGAACUUCCGAGACUAUCGACGGUAAGUAAUUUUCUUUAUUUGAAAAAGUGGACCUCUUUCCGCCCACACGCGACGCACAGAGCGUCGUGUUGAUACUGUUUUCCUUACUGCGUCUCCCCUCCCGGUCUUUCUCUCGCUCACCUUUUCCGUCAAACUGUCUUGUGCUGACGUUCUAACCCUCUCGAUCCAUAUAUGACAAACAACACGCAUGUAUCGGAUUGUGAGCCAGAAUGAACAGGACCCAGACGGCAGUGAUAAGGAAGCGGAGCCGGAGAGACGAGUAAAAGGUAAAACUGCUUUUUUUCCUUAAUUUUUGUCAAUUUUCUUACUCGAAAAGUGUUUCAGAUGAUGAAUCGCUGGAUGCGAAACGGUGGAAGCGACGUCAUGUCGUCGCAAUCUUGGCUUUGCUCGGAUUUGCCAAUAUUUACGCGAUGCGCGCCAAUUUGAGCAUUGCCAUCGUUGAAAUGACUGCUGGAGCCGAUAGAAAAAUCAACGGGACAUUUCAGCAUGUAAGUCGUUUCGUGAAACGUUUUCUGGUUGAUUCCUGAUGACUUUAUGAUUUGAUUACAUAUCUAUCAACUCGUUAGUAGUGAAGUGUCGCAGAAAUGAGAGUAAAACGGAUUAGGAAAGUACUUUCACACAAAUUCACUUCUGAAUUCUUAGAAAAAUAGAAAAAAAAACAAAAUUCUGUCACAACAAUAACACCCAUUCAUUCAGAUCCCUGGAGACUUUGAGAACUGGUCUCCGAUGACGCAAGGAGUGGUGCUCAGCUCGUUCUUCUACGGCUACAUCAUUUCUCAACUACCCGGAGGAUAUUUGGCUUAUACCCAUGGCGCGAAGACCGUCUUCUUUGCAGGCACAUUUGGUGAGUCAUUAACUCCCUCUCUCAUUUCCAAUCCUUCUUAUCCAUUCAGGCACCGCCGUUUUCACGCUGCUCACGCCGCCAUUUGCUCGUCUCGGCUACGGAAUGCUCGUUUUUGCCAGAUUUAUGGAGGGACUGCUGGAAGGGGUCACUUAUCCGGCGAUGCAUGUCGUCUGGAGCCGUUGGGCACCACCGUUGGAGCAGACGAAACUGGCUACAUUCGCCUUUUCGGGGUACGAAAUUCUGUCGAUAACAUUACACAAAACAAUGUUUUCAGAUCAUACUUCGGAACCGUUUUGGCAAUGCCCGUGUCGGCGUAUUUGGGAGAGCACUUUGGAUGGCCAAUGAUCUUCUGGUUCUUUGGUAAUAAAAGUGUAUUAAUAAUAUAUACUUGUGACGGGCCGGGUUGAAACUUGAACUUCUUCUGGCACGACCUAUUGCAAGUCUGGUAUAUAUAAUUUAGUAAGAUUGUUCCAGGAACCCUUGGGGUCAUUUGGUGCACAAUCUGGCACAAAACCGUCCAUGAUCGCCCCGAAGACGACCCGAAAAUCUCGGCAUCCGAGCUCGCAUUACUGCAGCGGGACGCCUUUAGUCAGAGCCAUUAUGUGAGUUGGCGGGUGCCGAAAAACGCCUUUUUGUUACACAUACACACACUCACACAAGUGAAGGCACUUUUCGCUCGACUCGCGAGAACAGAACACACAUGCGAGAAGAAGCAGAGAAAAAUGAAUUCCUAGCGGAGAGAGAUUGAAAAAGAGCAAUUUGGAUACCGGAAGUAGUGUUUCAGAUGGUUCCAUGGGGUCAAAUCCUGCGCUCCAAGCCCGUGUGGGCGGUGAUCAUUGCUCAUAGUGCACAGAACUUGGGCUUCUACAUAAUGCUCACGAAUCUGCCGAGAAUGUUGAGGGAUAUCGCUGGAUAUAACCUGGAAAAGGUAAACUCGUGAGGAAAUCUGGACUGUUUGGAAAGUUGUGUUUAGGCUGGACUUGCCAGUAGCUUGCCGUACCUUCUGAUGGGAUUCCAAAUCAUCACUGGCGGACAACUGUGCGACUACCUGAGGAAAAACAAGCACUACGACACACUUUUCGUACGCAAAAUGGCUUGUGUUCUUGGUAAUUAACGCUGCGGCUAUUUUGGUAGAAUUAUGUACAAAUAUUCAGGAUUCGUGGGACAGUCUUUGUUCUUGAUCCUCGUUAUGCUGACUUCCAACUCGCUUCUCCUGGUGCUCUUUUUCUCAGUUUCUAUCGGACUUGGAGGCAUCUGCUGGAGUGGAUUCUCCGUAAAUCAUCUGGACUUGGCCCCUCAAUACGCUGGACACCUCAUGGCUAUCUCGAACACUUUUGCGACAAUCCCCGGAAUCUUUGGACCUCUACUUGUUGGCGCAAUUGUGGAGACUGGAGUAAGAUACAUACAUCGCAGAGUAAUUUAACAAUCUGUAAUUGCAGACGCUCGGUGAGUGGAAUGUGAUUCUUUACGUCAUCAUCUCUGUCUAUCUCGCUGGCGCAGCAGCAUUCUGGAAAAUGGCGGACGCAACCCUUCAACCAUGGGCUUCCGAUCACAAUUCCUUUGUCGGACAGCUUGAAUAG